AUGUACUUGUAUGUUGGAGGCAAAGGAACUAACCAAGGCUCCACAGGAUUAGGUGGCUGGAAUAAUGGCGGAAACGGAUUUGGUGAAUGCUCAGGUGGAGGUGGAUCCACUGAUCUCCGUUUAGUUUAUAAUUCCGGCUCAAAUGAACUCCUUUCUCUUACAAGUAGAAUUAUUGUGGCCUCCGGCGGUGGUGGUGGCUGCUUUAACGCUUCCAGCAUGUAUCAUACGGGCAGUAAUGGUGGAGAUGUUAAUGGAACAUCUCCAAAUCCAGAAGGAGAUUAUGCAAUACAAAAGGGAAUCAAGCAAUACUUUGGUAAGGCCCUAAAUGGUACCGCAGAUUAUCCAAUUGCCGGAAGUGGUGGUGGAUAUUACGGCGGAUACGCAGUAAUAAUCAAUGAAAGUUUUACAGGUUGUUUUGGAGGCAAUUCCUUUGUCUCUGGUGCAAAUAAUUGUAUCGCUGUUUCGGAAAAUGGAGAUUAUCUUAUCACGAAUGUCCAUUACUCAGGAUUGAAGUUUUCUGACAUCAAUAUGAACAAAUCACAUAACGAUGGAGCAGGAUAUGCUAUUAUUAGCUUAGUUAAAGAUUAUUCGAAUCGAAUGUCUACAGAAAGAUUCAAUCUUCAAAUUAAUAGAGAAGCAUUCAGAAAAUCUAAUGUUUAUAGAGAACACUAA